AUUGAAUUUUUGGCUCUAAAAAAGAAUUCCGAACGGUGAAUAGAGAGAAGAAUGGGAAUUCUCAACGACGACGCCGUUUUAAUCGAACCGGGAAAAAUCUCCGGCGAUCCCACAAUCGUUACCGUCAAUUGUCCCGAUGAAUCCGGUCUCGGUUCAACUCUCUGUAGAAUCAUCCUCGAAUUUGGUCUCUCCAUUACCCGAGCAGAUUUUUCAACAGAUGGAAGAUGGUGUUAUAUAGUGUUUUGGGUUACUCCAGAUAUUAGCUCACCUAGAAUUGAUUGGGACAGCUUAAAGAAUCGUCUUUUAUCUGCUUGUCCAUCUUGCUUAGGCUCUUUCUACUUCUGUCUUCAAUCCAAUGUCUCUAAGCCUCCUUCCCUUUAUCUUCUCAAGUUCUUCUGCCGUGACAGGAAAGGAUUGCUUCAUGAUGUUACUAAAGUUUUGACAGAGCUAGAGUUUACGAUACAAAGAGUCAAAGUCAUGACAACACCAGAUGGAAGAGUUUUGGACAUGUUUUUCAUCACUGACGCAAUGGAUCUAUUGCACACGAAACAGAGGCAAACCAAAACGUGUGACCAUCUAACGGCUGUGCUUGGUGAGCAUGGUGUGAGCUGUGAGCUUGAACUAGCUGGGCCUGAGUUAGAGAGUGUGCAACGGUUCUCUUCACUUCCACCUCUGGCUGCUGAUGAGCUGUUUGGCCCAGAUGGGUUUGAUAAUAGCGGCUCUAGCUCUAACAAAGCGGUUCUCACGGUUGAUAAUCAGUUGAGCCCUGCGCAUACGGUGCUUCAGAUUCGUUGUGUUGAUCAAAAGGGGCUUUUCUAUGAUAUCCUCAGAACUUCCAAAGAUUGCGAUGUCCACAUUGCCUACGGUAGGUUCUCCUCCAAGGUUAAAGGCUAUCGGAAUUUGGAGUUGUUCGUUCGAGGUACAGACGGUAAGAAAAUAGUGGACCCAAAACAUCAAGCCAACUUCUGUGCUCGACUUAAGGAGGAAAUGGUGUGUCCUUUGCGAGUGAUUAUUGUAAACCGAGGACCAGAUACUGAGCUAUUAGUAGCCAACCCUGUGGAGCUAUCUGGAAAAGGAAGACCACGAGUUUUCUACGAUGUCACACUUGCGUUGAAAUCACUAGGAAUCUGCAUCUUCUCCGCUGAGAUUGGGAGGCAUUCGACUUUAGAUCGACAAUGGGAAGUUUAUAGAUUUCUUUUGGAUGAGAGUCGUGAAUUCCCGUUGGCUAGUCUCCGUGCGAGAAAUCAAGUAGUAGAUAGAGUCACAAAGACACUUAUGGAGCCGAGGAAGAUGACGACACCAAUUACCGCGAAACACGCUCCGGUUACCGGAAAAGAAGAAGGCGAGCUAUCUGCCUCCGACGACGAAGUACAACCAAUGCAAACAAGCACAAGAGCUCCUCUUACUGAGCAUGUAUCAGUUCCUUCAGCUAACACAAAUAUCCAAAGGCGUCAAGCUGGAAAUGGUGGAUCUUUAAUUAAGCCUUCUGAUGCUACACCGACAAAGCUGACACACCCUGGAGGCCGGAUAUUUGAGAAGAAGCAAGCCAUUGCUGCCAUUCAUGGGAAGAAAUUUCUUGCAAGGGGCAACAACAGCAACCUCGUGAUAAACUUCUCAGAUGAUGAUAGUGGUAGUGAAUCUGAUGGUAAAGGACGGACACAGACAUCAAAGAUUCAACCAAAGGGAACCAUGUCUGGGAAUAGAAACCUGUCUACAUUUUCACAAACAAAAUUGAAAGGACCAAGACAAACUGAUAACCGAGCCAUAACAAAGAAGCCAUUGCCCACUAGCACCUUUAGUCAUGCUGCGACUUCCAAAGUUUCCAACCUUUCAUCUGCUAAGGAAAUGAAAUCCAAUAAAAAUAUUCAUACCUCUGAAAGGACGGUUAGCAAAGAUACACGGCUUCCUGAACAGAUUGUGAAUCCCAAUAACAACAAAUAUCAGGAUUUGAAGCAGCAGAUUGCGCUUCGGGAAAGUGAGCUGAAGCUUAAGGCUACACAGCCAAAGAAGGAUGCUAUUAACCCAAAAAUCAGUCCAGCAAGGAGAGUCAGUAUUAUUUCUGAUGAUACUAGACAGCUAGAACCAAACGAACCUGCCAAGAAGCGCUUAAAAGUUAGUGGAAUUGACACAAGUCAGCCUGUUACUGAUUACAGAGUGCCAGCAUCUGCUGCCGCACCAAUGGAUGUGCCAGACAUCCGUAAAAGUCUACUGCCAGGUGUCAAUGCAAAUCCUAGUUGCAAGCACCUCGGAAGUAACAGUGAUGAGAUUGUUCCACCUGUUGUUUCUCAGCACACUGUGGAAAGAAAUACUAGCUCAAGUGUCGUACAAAAAAGCCCUGGCAAAGCUAAUUGUUACGAAGGUGGAAGAGAACUGGAAACAAUGAAAAAUGUUGAUAGGAUCGUGUCAAGUGAUCAGUUACUUAAAAUAGUCAAUGGAAACCAUCAGCCUUGUUUGAAUAAUUCUGGCCUCUGGAACAUCCCGGGAAAUACAACAGCUCCUGGACAUAGUCAACUGGAUAUGCUAUCCUUGACGAACCUAGAGGAAUCACUUGACAAAGAGUUGGAGGAAGCACAAGAACGUAAACGCCUUUGUGAAAUUGAAGAAAGAAAUGCUCUUAAGGUUUAUAGAAAGGCACAGAGAUCUUUGAUAGAGGCAAAUGCCAGAUGUGCAGAACUUUACAGUAAGAGAGAAAUUUUAUCUGCUCAUUAUGGAUCUCUCAUCGUGCGCGACUCCAGAUUGUUGUGGCCUUCUAUACAUGGUGAGAAUCCUGAAACUGGGUUUCACUUCUUGAAUAAUAGUACUGGAAAUAUUGAUUUGGCAACCAAAACGGACAUCGCUCAGCAUACUCAGCUAGAAAGCAACCACAGAUAUAACAGCGAUUAUGGUGGCAGUCAUCCUCCACCUCAUUCCCGUAGUGGACAGAAUUUGGGUUCAGAACCGUACAGUGAUCUUGGUGCUAGUACCUCUGAUGGGUUGCCUUGCAGUAACAAGCAAACUGCAAGUAGACUAUGCUCCCCAUCAAGUAAUGCAAACAUUUUGCCAGAUGACGAGUCAUUUCCAGUUGACCAUGAAUCUACGGAGGGGAACCUUGGACAUCAAACAGAAAAUCUUGAUCAAACACUAGGCAAUCAGAAUGCUUUGCUUCUUGAAGCAUCAUUAAGAUCAAAAUUGUUUGAGCGUCUAGGCAUGAGGGCAGAAUCUAAGGGUGGCACAUGUUUCAAUGGAGAUACUGUGAUAGAUAGAGGGGAUGAAAGAGAAGUUGCAAGUGAACAAACCCAGAGAGAUGAUGGUAGUCCUUUCUCCGAAAUAUAUCAGCAUAAUGAUUCUCGAGAGCCAGGGGCCAAUAAACUGCAAGGAAGUCCCUCCGAAGCACCAGUUGAACGACGCUCAAUUGUGGAAUUUCAGUCAUCUGUAGAUAUGGAGUCCCAUAGGAGUUCACCAGAGAAUGACCUUUUAUCGUCUGUAGCUUUGUCAGGUCCUUUAUUUCGUGGCACAAUCUAUCAUCUGAAAGUCCCAGGGUCUUCAAUUACGUCUCUGGGACCAGAAUAUACACUUCAAAACAAGUCAUAUAGCCUAUAUAGUGAUAAAAGACAAUGUAGGAGCUUGACUCAGACUACAGUAUAUGAGAAAAAAAUUGGCUUCUACACCUGUAAUUUGAAGGUGGACCCUUCUUGGCCUCUCUGCAUGUACGAGUUACGUGGAAGGUGCAAUAAUGAUGAAUGUUCUUGGCAACAUUUCAAGGAUUUCUCUGAUGACAGUUUGCAUCAAAGUCUACAUGAUCCUCCUGAUGGUAGAGUUGGGUCAAGUUCACAUCAGAAGAAACAUAAUUCUUCCAAAGGAUCCCAGAUUUUGGACACGGUGGUUUCACCAACUUAUCUUGUCUCCUUGGAUACGAUGAAGGUUGACUCGUGGUCUUAUGAGUCCGUUCUGGCUCAAAGACAUGGACAAAUAUGGUGGAAGCACUUUAGUGCUUGCCUAGCCUCAUCAAACUCGCUUUACAGGAAUGUACCUGCAAAGGAAAAUGAAGGUCGAAUUGAGGUCCUAGGAAAUUCAAAAACAUACUCAUCAUACUUCAGGAUUAAGCAUAGCUUGAUGAAUAUCCUUAAACAAGGUUCAGAUGCUGCUGUUGAACCCAUGGAAAUGGCUCUUAUUAUUUUCUUUCGAGAAGUUGAGCAGUCAGAAGGCUUGAUCCAGGCCCUUGCUUUGCUCUCACAAUGUCUUGAAGGUGACCCAACUUCUGAGAUUCUUUGGACUGUUUAUCUCCUGAUUUACCAUGCAUAUGAAGGAUCAGAUGGGAAAGAUAUGUUUUCUUAUGGGGUCAAACACAGUAGCAGAUCAUACGUAAUUUGGCUUAUGUACAUCAACAGUCGAGGACAACUUAAUGAUCAAUUUAUUGCAUAUGAUGCUGCCCUCUCGGCACUUUGCAACCAUGCGUCUGGGUCUAUUGACAGGAAUCAUGCCAGCGCUUGCAUAUUAGAUGUUUUGUUGCAGAUGUUCAACCUUUUGUGCAUUUCUGGGAAUGUUUCACAGGCAAUACAGAGAAUAUCCAAGCUUCAGGCUCCAGCAGCAGUUUCUGAUGACCCUGACUUUUCACUGAUGUCUCACAUUCUCACAUGCUUAACAUAUUCUGACAAAUGUGUGUUCUGGGUUUGUUGUGUGUACUUAGUUAUUUACAGGAAGCUGCCUGACUCUAUUGUCCAACGACUUGAAAUGGAGAAGGAACUACUGGAAAUAGAAUGGCCAUCUGUUAAUUUGGAUGGUGAUGUGAAGCAAAUGGCGCUCAGACUAUUUGAUAAAGGGAUGCGUUCCGUAGAACAUUGUACCAAUGGGUUGUCGGAAAAUGGAAUACAAAAGCGACCUGCUGGGCUAUUUGCUCUGAACCACGCCCUGUUUAUGGUUGCAGUAGAUGAAUUGGAAAGCUGUAGGGACAUUUUGAAGGCAUCUGUUAAACUCUACCCAACUUGCUUGGAGCUGAAAUUGUUAGCAGUUCGGAUGCAAUCAAAUGAGUUAAAGGAUUUGUUUUCGUCUGGGUUUGAAGAGCUUCUCAAGCAGGAAGCAAAAGAGGCAUCAUGCAUACAAUGUAUUUGGAAUCAGUAUGCUGAAUAUGCUUUGCAAGGAGGGAGCUACGACUUAGCAAGAGAACUCAUGUCCCGUUGGUACGUGUCAGUAUGGGAUGUAUUGUCCCAUAAGAAUAAGACAGUACUGGCUAAUGAAGAAGAAGGUGAUGAUAGUUUGCUGGAAUCAGCUUUAUCAGAUAUUGAUCUAAAUGUUGCAUCGGAUCAGGUGGAUGUGAUGUUUGGAUAUCUUAAUCUCUCUCUGCAUAAUCUACUGCAGAGUAACUGGACCGGGGCUCGCUCGGCCAUUGACCAAGCACUAAAAGCUACAGCUCCUGAGCAUUUUAUGCACUGUCUUAGAGAGCAUGCUGUGUUUCAGCUAAUCAACGAGUUGCAAGCAACGGGUGAAUUUUCAAUCAACCUACAAAUGAGAUUACUCAACUCUUAUUUGGAUCGAGCAAGUUCUUUACCUGUAAAAGAGCCACUAUCUUGGAAGUUCAUCAGCAACAGCGCUGAGAAACCGAGAGUCAGGAAGCUAGUUACAAACCUUCUUGCUCCAAUUUCAUCUGAACUCUUAGCGGUGAAUGUUGUUCUUGAAGCAUGGCACGGACCAUCUCUUGUACCCGAGAAGCUAAGCAAACAAAAGGAACUGGUGGAUUUUGUUGAAACAAUCUUAGGGUUGGUUCCAUGCAAUUACCCGCUGGCUUUGUCUGUAAGUAAGCUGUUAAGGAAAGAAGAGAAACAUUCAGAUUCUAGUUCCUCCUCGGGUAUUAAUUUCUGGGCAGGUCUGAAUUUGGUGAGUACAAUAUCUUGUGCCAUCCCAGUAGCUCCGGAGUAUAUUUGGGUGGAGGCUGGAGAAAUAGUGAGCAAUAUCAAUGGUUUCAAGACAAGAGCUGAGAGAUUCUUGAAGAAAGCUUUGUCUGUAUAUCCAAUGUCUGUGAAGUUAUGGAGAUGUUAUCGGAGUUUAUGCAAAAAUAUAGAAGAGAGAAGAGGUAUUGAGAUCGAAGAAGCAGCCAGAAAGAAAGGAAUCACUCUUGAUUGAUAUGAUAAUUUGAAAGUAUCAAGUCUUUUGAUUU